UAUUUAUCGAUUUUUUUUUGCUUCCAAAAUAUUUGUGUUUACGAGAAAGUUUUUGUAUCAAAAAUUUUUAAGUGUUUUUCAUUAUUAAGAGUGUAACCGAAAAAAAAAUUAAGUGAAAAUCAUGCAAGGUUAUAGAAAUUCAUAUUCAAAUGUGGAUCAUCAUGGAUCUGGAACAAAUGGAUCAACAAUUGUUGUGGAUUUAGUUCCUCCAGGAUAUCAUCCAUUACAACAUCAUUCCCAUCAAGAAUCACCACCACGAUCUCCGGAAAGUACGGGAAUGAUGUAUGAAAAAUCUGUUAAUAUUAAAGGUGAAACAUGCCUUAGUUCCGAUUUAUCAUCGAACAACAGCGCUAACUCCAACAAUAAUAACAAUAAUAACGAUGCCAAUAAUGCAGCAAUCCGUCGGUAUCGAACAGCUUUCACACGUGAACAACUUGCUCGCUUAGAGAAGGAAUUCUUUAAAGAGAAUUAUGUAAGCCGUCCACGACGAUGUGAACUUGCCGCACAACUUGGUUUACCAGAAUCUACCAUCAAGGUUUGGUUCCAAAACCGUCGUAUGAAAGAUAAGCGUCAACGCAUGGCAUUAGCAUGGCCUUAUGCAGCUGUAUACACUGAUCCAGCAUUUGCAGCUUCAUUAUUACAUGCUGCAGCCGCAGCUUUACCUCCUGCACCACAUCCAGCUAUGUAUCAUCCAGCAACGUAUCCACGUUACACAACAUAUCCAGGUGCAGGCGCAACAGUACCUGGAUUUGGCCCAUCAUCAUAUUUACCAGCAUUCCCUGGUUUACAUCAAGAUGCAAUGCAUCCUGGAUUCUUCCAUAAAGAUUCAGCGAAUGCAGCUGCACAAAAUCAACAAACAGCUAAUUCAAAUGCCGCUGUUCAAGCUAUGUUACAACAACAGUUUAAUUUACCAUUAACACCAGGACAUCAUAAAACAAUGAAUGCAUUUAGCUCCGCGUCGUCGGGUCAAUUACCUGGUGCUGCUAUGUUAUUACAUCAUAAUACAACAACACCUCCACCAUAUACCACGACCAGUUCACCUGACUUAUCCGAUUCAAAUCCAAGUCCACCAGCACCUGGUGUAAUGGCGCAACAACAAUCUGCUGGACAUCAUCAUCAAGGUUUAUUAGUGCCUGCUACAUCAAUUUCACCUGCAUCUCCUGUACAUUGUACAAAUUUAUCACAAAGUGAUAAACCGAAAUUAUUUAAACCGUAUAAAACCGAAGUGUAAAUAGAAAAAUUUGCUCAUUUCUUGUAUUAUUGUUGA